AGCCGCUUGUAUCGUUCGGGACUCGGGACACAUUCUCCUGCGUUAGGCGAGGGCUCGACACGAGAGCCCGACAAGAAGAGAGCCCGAGGAGAGAGAAAGAGCUCGCGUGCGCGCAGAGCGGAGCGAAGUUUGCGGCCGGCACGAACUCGGCACGGAGGUAGCCGAACCUAGCAGACCCGACGACGAUAGACACUGCCGCGUCGCCGCGUCCCUCUGUCAGCUCGAACGCUGGCGGCGUUCACGUUUCGCAGGGGUACGGAGGCUUUUCAGCGUGUGUCCGGUCAGUAUACGUUCAAGUGCCCGCGACGACGGAUCCCCAAAGCCCACCCGACGAGCGAUUCUUCGGCGCGACGUUUCUUCACCGCCUGCUCCUCUCUUCGGCGCGUCUCCGUCUCUCUUUCCCUCUCCGUUCGUGUCGUCGGAAAGAAAUCGCGAUAGACGGACGACGGAAUAAAGAGAACGCGAACGGGAAGCGUGAACGGUCUCUCUGGACGGCGUGCGGCUCCGAAUGCGAGGUGCAAGCGGAUGCGCCGGUGCACCAGCAGCUGCAGCUGCCACUGCCGCUACUACCGCCACUGCUACCAGCAGACCGCCGGUGCUGCUGCUGUCGCCGCCGCUGCCUCUGUCUCUGCCGCUGCCACCGCUGGUGCUGCUGCCGCUGGCAGAGCCUCGCAGAGGUGUCCACCUCGUGGCAGUCGACACUUCCUACCGGACGGUGGUAGUGUCCAGGCGCGCUGGACACACGAGCUGCAGCCGGUCGCUGCUGCUGCUGCUGUCGUUGCUCAUCGAGCGUAAGGAUUAAGAGAGGCACGAGCAGGGGACGAAAGAGAAGGAGGAAGAAGAAGGUGGCACACAACUAGGACGGUGCGGGUCUCCGUGUCGUCUCCGUUAUACUUCGUAACUCCGUUAUUCGUAACACGUAACCCGUUAUCGUCACGUUUCGUUGUUAUCGUUAUCGUCGUCGUCGCCGUCGUCGAUCGUCGUCGUCGUCGUCGAUCGUCGUUGUCGUCGACGUCGUCGUCGUCGUCGUCGUGUCGGUGUGUCGUCUCGUCUGCGGGAACUCGCCGCGAGCAUCGUGACCGUUCCGCUUGGUCCGAGUUACUUUGGUGGUUGGAUUUCUCGAGGACGCAGGGCCGAACGGGAGCCGGAAAGGGCCGAGGAAAGGGGUUUCCUCGGGGUUGGAAGGAAAGAGUGCGACGAACCCUUCCUCCCUUCACGAGGCGCACCACUCUCGCAUACUGACGCGCGACGUGUCGCCGGUAAUAUAGCGUGCGCGCUUUCGUUUAGAGGGUUUCUUCCCUCCGACAACGUCGUCCUCGUCGUCGUCGUCAUCGUCGUCGUGGUCGUCGUGGUCGUGAUCGCCGUGAUCGAGGAAGAAGAGAAACGUGCCGGGAGCGCACACGCGGCUGUCUCCUCUCGUCGCCGUCGAGGUUCUUUUUCUCCGUCGACGCACGGGGUGGAAUUUCGUGCGCCUUCCGCUCCGACCAGCGACGCAUCGCCACCGGUGCGCUGGGGGACACAGUGACAGACGGACAGGGAGCGACAGAGAGAUAGAACGAGAGAGAACGAGAGAGAAGGGAAAGAGACGGACGCGAAUAUUUUUUCGGGGCUGGAAAGCGACAUGAAAACACUGGAAAUCUAUAGGGUGGCUCAGUGAGUCGCGAAGGAGAGAAGGCGACGCGCUCGCGUGCUGGCCGACCAUAAACAAGCCGCGGACGCGCACGGCGGACGACGGACGGACGGGUCGGGCCUCGAGCGGGUUGGUUUGAAAUUCGAACGGUCCGCGUAACUGUUACGUGAUUGUCUCCCCGCGCGAAGGGGGGAGGGAGGGGAGGGGAGAGCAGUGCGGUUGACACGGGACAGGUAAAACGAAGACGAGGAGACACGCGUCGCGAAUCUUUGGGGAAAAGAGGGCCUGACGGGGAGAGAGGGAAGAUAAAGAGAAAUCGGCGGAGGAGUGGGGGAAGAAGGAAGAAAACGAAGACGAAGACGACGAAGGGGGGAAGAAGAAGAAGAAGAAGAAGAAGUUGUGAUUAUUAUUUUGGUGUGCUGGUGGUGCUGGUACUCGGUGGAGCCAGGUCGUGGUGAUGCCUCGCGGAUCGGCUAGAUCGCUGGGUGUCGUAGGUUCGGACGGCUUGGGUGCAGUCCCGGUCACGUACCAGGGUGUUCCGAGGAGGAUACGCUGACGAGUGCAGCCCCCGGUGGCACGGCAGUCGUCGCUCCUGCAGGCCAUGUAUUACGGUCCGGUAAUCGACCGUACCGGCAGCAGCUGCAGUGCCAGCGACCUUCAGCAGCCGCGAUCACCACGUCGCCGCGGCGCCGCGACGACCGGCGUCGUCCCGCCCGAGGACGCCGACUCCGAGGAGGAGCAGCGUCUGUUCCAUCGUCUGUUCCAGAGGAGGGUCGAGGAGCCGGCGUACGUCGUCCUCGACGUUCAAACGGCAGCGUGCCGAACCGGACCGGCCGACGACCACCGUCAUGUUUCACGCGGCGGCGGACCAUCCCGUGCCGGUCAAAGGCCAGGCAGAAGACGGCCCGGCGGGUACGCGGUCAGGAUACUCGUGCUCGCCGCGGCCGCUGCCUUCCUCGCACUCGCCGUCUCGCCGGUGUCCGGCACGGCAAACAAGAAAGAGGAAGAGACGGCGGUGGCCGCAGCCGACGUCACGGAAGAGACCACCGGUGUCCUGUCGACGAGAUCUAGGACGGGCAGCGAUCCUGGCGGCGGUAUAGAUCUCUUGGCGGCGUUACAGCUGCACAACACCACGCGGCAGGGUGUUACACAGGUGCCGGGGCUGGUUAGAUUAAAGCCAGCUUACUAUCUUCAGGGCGAGGAGAGGGAGCUCCGACUGAACGAGGCGAGCUUCGAACGAGCGGCCACACUACUCCGGCGGGUUCCGGAAUUCACUAUAGCCGCCGCUCUGCGACAGGAGGAGGCCAAUUCCGGGACGAUCGUCGCCUUUUCACAUGGGAACAAUAGAUAUUUGGAGCUGCAGAGCAGCGGUCGCAAAGACGAGCUUCGACUUCACUACGUGUCACGCCGUGACGGCACAGUCCACGUGGAGGCGUUUCCUUUCCGUUUGGCGGACGGGGCCUGGCACAGGGUCGCCCUGAGCGUUAGCGGCUCGCAGGUCGAGCUGCUGGUCGACUGUCACCCGUUGUACAGGCGGCUGCUCAGGCCUGGACCGCCGGACACCAACUUCACCCUGCCGCAGCUACAGCUCUGGGUGGGGCAGAGAAACGCCAGACACUUUCUCUUCAAGGGUGCUUUGCAGGACGUGAAGCUGAUCCCCGGCCCCCAUGGCUAUCUAUCGCAGUGCCCCCAGCUCGACUCGUCCUGUCCCACCUGCGGUCAAUUUUCUAUAUUACAAAACACGGUGGAACAGCUGAUGGAUAACCUGAACGAGCUGACGCGGAGGCUAGCCGCUGCAGAGGGCAGGAUAAGCAAAGUGGAGGAGUGCGAGUGCCAAAAGUCUUGCAGGGCCAACGGCACCGUCCACGAAGACGGCGCCACGUGGGAGAAGGGCUGCCAGCAGUGUUCCUGCGUCCACGGCGAAAUCGAGUGCAGGCCUACGCCCUGCGCCCCGGUCACUUGCAAGCAUCCCGUCCUUCCUCAGGGACAGUGCUGUCCCAUCUGCUUGAAGCAAUGUUACUUGCGCGGUGUGAUCUAUGACCACGGUGAAAAAGUCUCGCCGAAACAGUGCGUCGAGUGCGACUGUUUCGACGGCAGUUUCACCUGUCAGAGGUUCGACACGGAGACCAGAUGUCCACCACUGCCUUGUCCGCCUAGCGAACAGAUUAGCGUGGCCGAGGAGUGUUGCAAGUUCUGUCCAGGGGUGGACUACUGCGCGAAGGGCCACAAGUGUCAUGCUAACGCGUCCUGCCUGAACCUCCAGACCACCUACGCCUGCCACUGCGAUAUCGGUUUCCAGGGGGAUGGUCAUAACUGUCACGAUGUGGACGAGUGCGCGCAGCAAGGCGGCUCCGAGGGCCAUCACUGCAACGCGAACACCAAGUGCGUGAACGUGAUCGGCUCGUACACGUGCGAGUGUCUUCCGGGUUACCACAGAGUCGACAAGUUCAACUGCGCCGAACUGGACGAGUGCGCGACCGGCCAUCACGCCUGCGACGAGCACGCGACCUGCGUCAACACGGCCGGCAGCUAUUAUUGCGUGUGCAAGGAGGGAUACACCGGCGACGGAUACACCUGCAAACCCGUCUGCAAUCAGACCUGCCAGAACGGCGGCGAGUGCGUGGCACCGGGCCGGUGUUCCUGUCGCCGUGGCUACAUCGGGAACAGCUGCGAGCUGGACCUCGACGAGUGCGCGAGCGACCUUCACCGGUGCCACCAGUCCUCGACCUGCUUCAACAUGCCCGGCUGGUACUACUGUCGCUGCAAGCCCGGCUACAGGAGCGCCCUCCACGACAGCACCCAAGGCACCCAGUGCCUGGACAUCGACGAGUGCAACGACCAGACGAUCGAGAGGAGGCACACGUGCCAUCCGAGCGCGAAGUGCGCGAACACCGAGGGUGGCUACCAGUGCAUCUGCCCGCUGCAGGAGGACAAUCGCACCGCGGAGGAGUGCAGGCUGAGUUGCUGGUUCGAGGAGAGGGAGGUGGAGAACGGGGAGACCCUGGCGCCAGCCGGGAACCCUUGCAGAAGGUGCACGUGCAAGGACGGCGUGAUCGCGUGCAGAGACCCCGUCUGCGACUGCAGCGCCCCCGGAAGCCGCAGGGACAAAUGCUGUCCCCAGUGCGACCCAGCAGCCUCUUGCAGGCAUCAGGAGCUCCAUCAUCUGGUCUUCAGGAGCGGCGAGCGAUGGAUAUACCAAUGCCAGACCUGCGAAUGCCUGUACGGCGAAAUAGACUGUUGGCAAAUGGAAUGUCCGCCGGUGACCUGUUCGAACCCGGUCACCGAAGACGGCGACUGUUGUCCCCGCUGCGAGGACGACCCUUGCGCGCGUGAACCCUCCGGGAACGGCACCACCCUCUCGACCCUGACGCGACCCAGGCCCUGCAGCUACUCGGGGAUCAUCCACGACAGCGGCAGCUCCUGGCAGGACCCCCAUGACAAAUGCACGACGUGCGAGUGCAAGGUGCCGUACUGCGCCCAAUUGGUGAGCAAUAGCGCGUGUUGUGUGCAUCGGACGGGCAGCUAUGCUGCAGCUACGAUUACGGCUGCGCUGGCGAUCUGGGUGACGACGAGCAGCAACGUCCUCCAGUCGUUGUUCCUGAGCCUGUCGUACGCGGUCUACCGGGCCCUGCGGGGUCACCGAUGGCAGACGGUGCACCGGAAGCAGCUGUACCAGCGGUUACCGGUGCCGGCGGUGUCCCGACAGCCGCCAGCAACCACCUUCUGCCGGGCCCGUCUUCUUCCUCGUCCGUCAGCGCAGGCCCCGGCCCGGCCAGAAAAGCUCACUGGACCCUGCAGCGGAACACGGUGCAGCCGCCGCCACCGCAGCAGCAGCAGCAACAGCAGCAACAGCAAAGAGACGAGCGACGUCUCCGACCGCAGCAACAGCAACAACAACAGCAACAACAGCAGCAGCAACAAGCCGCGGCCACGGCGAGGUACCAGAUGGCCGUCGGAGGCGCGGCGACGUCGUCGACGGUCCAGCGGCCGUCAGCCGCAGCGACGCCGGCGUCGUCGCCGACGACGGCGACGACCAAGAUUCCGGCCAACCAGCAAGAGCCCGAAGCAUCGCCGCCGCGUCGCCAGCAACGAGGAAAGCAGCCCGGCAGCCUCGCGGUUCAUCGAGCGAACGCGUCCUCGUCCUCGCCACCGUCCUCCUCGCCGGCCCUGCCGGCGCCCUCCGGCGCUCGGCUGGGCCCGCAGGAGGCCAGCAGCACCCCCGCGAACGGCGCCGCACGCGGCGACUACCGUCAAACGGCCCCGAGCCGCCAUCGUCGCAGCAACGACGCCGAGCCCGCGGGACACCAGGACACCGCCACUUGAGCGCGGCGACGCCGUCGACAGCUAGAAGAGACAGCAAUCAGCAUUGGCAAGGCAUUCCAGGGGGUGUAGAGGAGGCUACGCGGGGUAGCCGGACGAGUUAGGAGAGCGAGCGGAGUCGCGUCCUCCGCGGCCGCCGCCUCGGUUGUUCGUCGCGUCGCCGAGGGAAACGCGGGGAAAGAGAGAGAGAGAGAGAGAGAGAGGACGGCGGGCCCAGAGCGGGGCCUUCGAGGCUACGAAGAGAGGAGGACUCCGGCGCCUCGUUGCCGCGUCUUCUCGACACGCUCCAGCUUCCAUGGUCCAGCACGCCGCUGAAGAGAGAGACUGUGUUUCUUUCACGGGGUCCAGCCGACAAGAUGGCGCCGAUCAGCGAUCGGAGGACGAUCCUCCGUGUCGGACCCAUCCCCCCACACCUUCCUCGCCCAUUUCUAGUCUGUUUUAGAGCCGCGUCGCGCCCCGCCGCGGACGACGGCUCCACGGGGCCCGGUGUUUUUUCGGCGGGCGCUUCGUUCGAUCGAUCGCGCACCGUUCGCGGGGAUUUUGGUGCCAAACGCGGGCCUGCCGAGCCGGCCCAAAAUACACGGCGGACCUCGUUUCUCCUUUUGUUCGCUGGUUCGCCGCUCGAAAGGGACGACGGGGACAGCGGCGCGCCGUUGCCAACGAUCGGCGCGGACCUCUUCGACGGGUCAAGCAUAAAGGUUUCGAUACCGCAGGCACCAGAAUCGAGAAACUGAGCCCCCCACCCUCUCCCCGCCUCCGUUACCUCCGGCCCUCCUAACGAUACCCCCGCGCUCCCUCCACAGAGGCGCGUAUGCCCCGGAACGAGCGCGACGCGAGGCGCUCGUUUCAUGCUUUCCGCAAAUUCCUUCUUGGCGUGUUUCAUUGAACAGGUAGCGCACAAUAUUUGGGCCUUAUAAAGUAUAUAAAUUGUUCGAUGUUCCGCUAGCGGCGAGCCUCGCGCUCUCGGCGAGCGAGGCUGCGAUUGUAAAGAAAAAAGCGGUGUAUAAUUUAUCGUAAGGAAUUGAAUAUUAUAUCCCCGACGCGGACGAUGUUGUUUAAACAUAGGAGAGCUCCGUCACGUGUAUAAAUAUAUACUGUAAUAUGUACAAAUAUACGUAUAUAUCGUAUACCAUGUAGCCACGCUAUGUAUACGUGCGUGUAUGUAUAUAUUUAUAUUUGUAUGUAUGUAUAUUUAUGAGCGAAGCAAACGAAAAUCUAUAUAUAUAUAUAUAUACAUAUACAUAUAUAUAGUAUAUAUAUUAAUAUACAUAAUGUAUAUUCGCCGAGGACUCGGGUGGACGAAACGAAGAACCCCUAUCGAUGUUGAGAGUAUGUAAAUCGGAUCGACGACGACUAAACGACUAUAUAAAAAAAAGAAGAAAAACAAAGAAGGUUAUUGUAAUUAUGGAUGAUCAUAUCUCGUGACAAUAUAGACGGCGCGCGGUAAAUCUUUAUCGGGGGAAAGAACGACGAAAGAGAACGACAACAACGGCUAUACACAAUCAACGAUAGCUCUCUCGCGUUUUUCUCUGGCGAAAAUAUAGUCUUACGCUUGGAAAGUAAACGUUUAAGGAUCAUUAGGGUAUUCUCGCUCGGUCGGUUUAAGUCGAUGAUCGCGAAAAAGAAGCACAGGCCGCGGCCCGUGCUGGUUCAGUUUCUCUGGUUCCGGACGCUGGCCUGGUUUAUGCCUUGAUCCAGGGUGUCGAAUUAAUCAUCGAACGCGCAACCUGUGCCUCCACGGUUUCACGGGGCCUUGGACGAGGUGCAUGGCCCCCGGUUUCACGGGGCCAGCCCAGUCGGACGUGUCCGCCGACGACGAUCGUCCGGCAUUUAUUUUCUCGUGCCGCUCUUUUUCUUCUCGGGAGGAAGAAAGACGGUUCUACGACCGUGAACUCUGGCCUAUGAACGCGAGCUGCUCGCGGGGUUAAUCGCCGCUCGAAUCGCGACGGUUCUAAUCGAGUUCGAGACGGUUCUAUUCGAGUGCGAGACGGUUCUAAUCGAGUGCGAGACGGUUCUAAUCGAGUGCGAGACGGUUCUAUUCGAGUUCGAGACGGUUCUAUUCGAGUGCGAGACUAUUCGAGUUCGAGACGGCUCUAUUCGACUGCGAGACGAUUCUAUUCGAAUUCAAGACGGUUAUAUUCGAGUUUUAUUCGAGUUUGAGACGGUUCUAUUCGAGUUCUAUUCGAGUUCGAGGCGGUUCUAUUCGAGUUCGAGACGGUUCUAUUCGAAUUUGAGACGGUUUUAUUCGAGUUCCAUUCGAGUUCGAGACGAUUCUGUUCGAGUUCGAGACGGUUCUAUUCGAGUGCGAGACUAUUGGAGUUCGUGGCGUUUCUAUUCAAGUUCGAGACGGCUCUAUUCGAGUUCAAGACGGCUCUAUUCGAGUUCGAGACGGUUCUAUUCGAAUUUGAGACGGUUCUGUUCGAGUUCUAUUCGAGUUCAAGACGGUUAUAUUCGAGUUCUACUCGAGUUCAAGACGGCUCUAUUCGAGUUCGAGACGGUUUCAAGGUUAAAUUACUACGAUCGCGUGGACGGAUGUUCGAGAUAGACGCGUUAUUGGAUGCUGGAUUCGCUCGGUACCGACGGGGGAGGGGGGGGAGGACCACGGGAUAAAUCCUCGACAAUACAACGACCGCGAAAAGGAUGCGAGAACGAACGAAAACGCUGGGGACGUUCAGGUCGCGGACACGUCCGAUUGUUCACCAUGCCGAUUUAGGUCUCCUGUUCAAUUAUUAGUUGUACACCGGACGAUGAACGUGCCGGCUCGCUCGAACGAUUCUUUAUCUCGCUCAACCGAACGCGACCACUAUGACUACAUUCCUCCUUGAUUAACGAUAAGUAGGCACUAAUGAGAGAAACAUAUAAAUAUAUAAAUAUAUAUACAUACAUACGUACGUACGUACAUACAUACAUGCAUACAUACAUACAUAUAUACAUAUAUAUGUGUAUAUAUAUGCAUGUUUAUAUAAGUAACGAAAGGAGGGAGCCGAGAAAGAAAGAAACUAAUAAAUAAAAUUAAACAAA